UUUAUUUCCCUUUCUCGAACGACAGUAAAGAGAGGAGCCUCCUUGAGCUCGAUUUCUGCUUCUAAGUAACUGUCACCUGAACUCUUUCUCCUUUCACUCUCUCCGCCAAAAUCUCAAUCAUGUCUUCAAAUGAUAACGGUGAAGUUGAAGUGCAGAGUGUGUUUAUAGGAGCAGGUUGCAACAGAAUAGUGAAUAACGUUUCGUGGGGUGCCUCUGGUUUGGUCUCCUUCGGUGCCCAAAACGCCGUCGCUAUUUUCUGUCCUAAGACGGCUCAGGUUUUGACUACACUUCCAGGUCACAAGGCCUCUGUUAACUGCACCCAUUGGAUUCCAAGCAAUAAGUUUGCUUUUAAAGCAAAACAUUUAGAGCAGCAUUAUCUGCUUUCCGGAGAUGCUGAUGGGGUCAUUAUUCUAUGGGAAUUCUCUCUUGCUGACAAGAAGUGGAGGCAAGUGCUACAAUUACCGCAAUCACACAAGAAGGGUGUUACAUGCAUCAAUGGAAUUAUGGUUUCGCAAACUGAAGUAAUUUUUGCAUCUAGUUCUUCUGAUCGUACAGUUUAUAUAUGGGAACUUAUGCUCCCUUCUCCUGGAGGCGAAUGUAAAUUGUCAUGUCUAGAGACCCUCUUUGUUGGUUCAAAGCCUAUGGUGGCUCUAUCAUUAGCAGAAUUACCAGGAAAUUCCGAGCAUAUAGUCCUUGCCAUCGGGGGCCUAGAUAGCAAGGUUCACCUCUAUUGUGGGGAGAGGAAAGGAAAGUUUAUUCAUGCUUGCGAGCUGAAAGCACAUACUGAUUGGAUCCGGAGUUUAGACUUCUCAUUACCUAUAAAUAUGGAAGGUGAAGCAAAUAGCAUUCUGCUGGUAAGUGCUUCUCAAGACAAGGGCAUACGCAUAUGGAAGAUGGCUUUACAAGGUUCAUUAACCAAUAAUGAGGGCGCAUACAGGAAGGAGGUGAUAAGCCUGGCAUCUUAUAUCAAAGGUCCUGUACUUGUAGCUGGCUCUUCCUCUUAUCAGAUAUCAUUAGAAUCUCUUCUAAUUGGACAUGAGGAUUGGGUAUACUCGGUAGAGUGGCAACCCCCUUCAUCAUCUACUGAAGGGACUACCUACCAUCAACCUCAAAGCAUUUUAUCAGCUUCAAUGGACAAAACGAUGAUGAUCUGGCAACCUGAAAGGAAAACUGGUAUCUGGAUGAAUGUGGUCACUGUUGGGGAGUUGAGUCAUUCUGCUCUAGGGUUUUAUGGUGGUCACUGGAGCUCAGACGGAAAAUCAAUUUUAGCACAUGGAUAUGGCGGAGCUUUCCAUAUGUGGAGAAAUAUUGGAGUCAGCAUGGACAAUUGGCAACCACAAAAGGUCCCAUCUGGGCACUUCGCUGCAGUGACAGACAUUACUUGGGCGAGAUCUGGUGAAUACAUAUUAUCAGUUAGUCAUGACCAGACAACUCGUAUUUUUUCCCCAUGGCAAAAUGAAGCUUCUCCCUCAAAUAGGGAGUAUUGGCAUGAAAUUGCUCGCCCUCAAAUUCAUGGUCAUGAUAUUAACUGUGUGUCCAUGAUUAAAGGAAAGGGGAACCAUCGUUUUAUCAGUGGAGCUGAUGAGAAAGUUGCCAGAGUUUUUGAAGCUCCCUUGUCUUUCUUGAAGACAUUGAAUCAUGCCACUUCUCAAACCUCUAGUUUUCUUGAAGACCUCCAAUUAGAUGUUCAGAUUUUGGGUGCAAAUAUGUCUGCUCUUGGUCUGUCACAGAAACCUAUAUAUGUACACUCUGUGCAUGAGACUCCAGAUAGAAAUGGAAAUGAUGGUCUUGAUACCCUUGAAAGCAUUCCUGAUGCAGUUCCAGUUGUGUUGACGGAACCUCCCAUUGAAGAUGAACUGGCAUACAACACUUUAUGGCCAGAAUCUCACAAACUUUACGGUCAUGGAAAUGAGUUGUUUUCUUUAUGCUGUGACCACGAGGGAAAGCUUGUUGCUUCAUCAUGCAAGGCCCAGUCAGCAACAGUAGCAGAAAUAUGGCUAUGGCAAGUGGGUUCAUGGAAGGCGGUUGGUCGCUUGCAGUCUCAUAACUUAACAGUGACACAGAUGGAAUUCUCUCAUGAUGACAGUAUGCUUCUGGCUGUCUCAAGAGAUCGUCAAUUUUCCAUUUUCACAAAAAGAACAGGCAGCGAUGUGAUUGGCUAUCAGCUUCUAGCAAGACAAGAGGCACACAAAAGAAUUAUAUGGUCAUGUUCUUGGAAUCCAUUUGGUCAUGAAUUUGCAACUGGCUCUAGGGACAAGACAGUGAAGAUCUGGCAAGUAGAAAAAGAAUCAUCAUCAGUUAAACUGAUGAUGACUCUACCACAAUUCAAUAGCAGUGUCACCGCCCUUUCCUGGGUUGGCAUUGAUCGUCAAACAAAUCACGGGCUUCUAGCAGUUGGAAUGGAGAAUGGACUCAUUGAACUAUGGAGUCUUGCUCUCAGACAAUCCAAAGAUGCAACACCAGCUACUCUUAAGGUACGGCUUGAUCCCUCCAUGUGCCACGUUUCUUCAGUAAACCGAAUGUCAUGGAGAAACAACGAAAAGAGCCAAGAUUGCAAUAGAUUGCAACUCGCUACUUGUGGAAUCGAUCAUUGUGUGAGAGUGUUCGACGUUAUUAUUAAUUAAUUGCACUUUUACCUGUAGGCAAUUUUGUAAUGCAUUUAUCAAAUUAGUCAUUCUAAGCAUAGAUAAGAUAUUUUAUAUGAAAGUUGAUCAAUGACCAUGAACUUGCGUUUGGUAAAAGACCCAGCAGCUGUUUUGAGACUGUCUCUGUAGUCCAAAUGUUAGGCAGGCUGCUAUUGUGCAAUGAGAUUCUAAGAGUCCUAAUCUUAUGUACUGCCUAAUGAAAGGCAACUAAUCUUAGAUCAGAUGUGCUUAUCGUGAAGCUUCAAUUAUUCUGUUUUUUAAUGUGUGAAAUUAUUAAUCAAAGAAAAACGCUAAGUAUUUCAUUUGAGAA